UACUGUAAUCUGUGGUUAUGAAGAAUACAGGUUAAAAUUCUUCAGUUUGAUAAUUAAAUUUGGAUUUUUAAUUAUUGACUUCACUUUCCAGCAGAGACAACUUUUCAGUGUUAUCUGUGGACCAGUCCGCUGAAUGAGUUCACAGUUUUUUGAGAAUUUAUGACUUCACACCAUUGAAGCUAACAUAGGCUGAAAAAAUGAAUAAUCAAGUGAACGAUCCUACUGAAGAUCUAAUUCAGGAAAAUAUAGCUAAAUGGCAAAGCCCCUCAAAUCCGUUGGCACCGUUAAAUGAGGAGCAACAGGAUUUGAUUUACCAGCUUGAAGAUAUCAUAAAAGAAAACUACUUUGGUCAAGAGUCGUCUACUCAAACAGUGAAAGGACAAAUUGUAAAAGAGGUUCCUCUGAUCGAUUCAUAUAAAAGCUUCAUCAAAUGGUUCACACAAAUUGAGAAUGAAAUUAAAGAUGAAACGUUGAAUGAAUUCCAAAGCUACUAUUACAAAUUGAAACAGCAAGAUGAUCAUGUUGAAAAAUUAUUCAAAAAUGCGUGUGAAUCAAAUGAAUACUUGGAAUCGCUCUUACAAACACAUAAAGACGUCAUCUCGAAAACAGAUUAUUUACAUGAUUUGAGUGAAGAUCUAAUGAAACAGCAAAGAUUACUAAAACUUAAAAAAGACGAAUUGAAUAAUGAACUGAAAUAUUUUAUCAAACCAGAGGAGUUAUUGAAUGAAACGAAGAAUGUUAACUCCAAAGCUUUUACUGAAGUUUUAGAUACAAUUGUUGAUAGCAUCAAAAAUUUGAGUAUUCGUGAAGAUUAUAAAGAAGCACGCAUUUACAAAAUGAGAAAUGAAAGUCUUUUGAUCUCACUUCUGAACGAUGUGUAUAAAUUAUUUAAUCAAGUUAUAACUGACGCAAGUAGGCAAAUUAUAGAUCCAGAAAAUAAGGCUAUUGGCAUUGCAGAUCAUGUGGCUAGCAAUGAUUUAAAUGCUGAAAGUUCUUAUUCCCUAUACUAUGGCAAAUUCCAAAGUGCAGCCCAUAAAGUUACAGUAAUCGUAUCUUAUCUGGAAGAAAAAAAAGAAGAGAAUGAAAACUUUAGAAAUGCUUUGCUGGAUUGUCAUAAAAUGUAUCUUAGUGAAAGAUUACCACUACUUACUGCUGCAGUAUCGAAAGCUUUGAGUGAAAUUAAAGAAAAAUAUAAAAAUGAAUUCAAUACUUUAUUCAGAUCAUGUGGACAAUUCAUCAUGAAAGUUUGUCAGGAUGAAGUGAACUGCUUCCAAUAUUUUUUCAAAAAUUCUUCAGAACAAUUUGAGAAUUAUUUAGCAAUAUUAUGCCAGAGUUUAUAUGACAUUCUGAGACCUUGUUUGAUCGUCAUAAACCACAUUGAAAUUUUGAGCGAAUUAUGUGGUAUUCUUCGAAGGGAAUUGCUGAAUGAAAGAGUUUUGACCAACCCAUCCUUGAAAAAAUACAUUGAAAUAAUGAAUCAAUUACUGGAGGAUGUUGAAGAGAGAUUGGUAUUUAGGACAAAUAUUUUCUUCCAGCAUGAUCUUCUAGGAUACACGCCUUCUUCAGGGGAUCUUGCUUAUCCUGAAAAAUUAAUACAGAUGGAGAAUAUUGCUAUGGAACUACAGGAAUAUCAUAGAAAUGAGUCUAGAUCUUCUGUUACUUCAGUAGAUUGCCAUGAAAUUGGUGCUCUGAAUGAGGGAUCGGUGAGUCAGUUCCGGUCGUAUACUGGAAAUUCUCCUGCUGAUCUUCAUGCCAUGUGGUAUCCAACUGUUAAAAGAACUCUAGUUUGCUUGUCGAGACUCUACUUUUGUUUGGAUAAGGAAACAUUUCAAGGUUUGGCCCAAGAAGCUCUAGCCAUCUGUAUAAAGACUGUACAAAAUGCCGCUGGUUUGAUUUCCCAAAGAAAAUCCAAAAUUGAUGGAUGCUUAUUUCAAACCAAACAUUUAUUGAUUGUGAGAGAACAGAUAGCACCCUUCCAAGUAGAUUUCACAGUCAAAGAAGUUGGUCUAGAUUUUAGUAAUGUUCAAAAAGCUGCCAUGCAUUUGAUAAGCCAUCGUGAUAAAAUCUUUUCAUUUGGAUCUAAUAAUGCAUUGUUGGAAUUUUUGCUGGAUGGAACACCUAAAGUCAAGGAGUAUUUGAUAGAUUCUCGUAAGGAAGUAGAUAAGCAAUUGAAAAUCUCCUGUGAGGAGUUGAUCUCCUACUGUACAAAUCUCUUGGUGGGAGAAUUGGUACAGUUUUCACAAAAAGUAGAAAACUUCUCGAAAAAUCGAGACUCAAAUGGUGAUAAAGUGACCAUUUCAUUGAAAGAUCAACCCUGGGCUGAACCUGCGGAGGUAUCGAAACUAGUGAGUGAAACUCAGAAGAAUAUAAAAAUUAAAGUACCAGAAAUCCAAAAAUCCAUGCAACUCUAUUUAGCUAAUCGUGAAACAGAAUUUAUUUUGUUCAGACCAAUCAGAAAUAAUGUAAUAAAUGCAUUUAUUAAUUUGGAGCAAACUUUAACCGUCUAUUCUUCUGAAGAUCAGUUACUUAUAGGCUGUCCAUCUGCUGUUCAGAUUGGUGUUCUCCUAUCUUCGGUUUCAUUAAGCUCUGAAAUUGAAAAAGUGAAUAAUUGAACAUAAUUAUUUUGUAUUCUAUGAAUUACAAUAAUAUAUUUUGUGAAAAUAUUAUGUUAUCUUCAUGGUUUUUAGUUGGUUAUUAUUUAUUCAGAAAAAUAUAAAUAUUUAAUAUAGCUUCUUGACUAAAAUAUGAACACAAUUUUCUUCA